AAAGAGUUUGGUACCAGGGUACGUCACUAUUAACGACUGCCGCUUCGCCCGCCAUUGCACACCGACAGCCCCACCAUCGCUCCAGCGCAAAGAUCCCUCACUCGCACCAGUCCCUCCACCACACGACAGUCGCCGCUUGCACGCCAUCAAAAUGCCGAAGCCACCGAAUCUAUAUGCCUUCGAAGGCACCAGCCAGCUCGCCGCAAGUCUGCGCGCCUACGUGCUUGAUGCGCAAAACAGCUCCAUUGAGCGCCACAGCGUCUUCCGUGUCGCAGUCUCAGGCGGCUCUCUGCCAAAAGUCCUGGGCCAAGCGCUGCUACAAGAGAAGACAGGCGAGGGCAAGGUCCAGUUUGACAAGUGGGAGAUUUACUACGCCGACGAGCGCGCCGUGCCUCUCGACCACGAAGACAGCAACCACCGUCUGGUGCAAGAAGAGAUUCUGAACAAAAUACCGGCUGGCAUGGGAAAGCCCCAUGUGUUCCCCAUCGACGUCAAGUACCUGGACGAUAUACAGGAGCUGGCGGAUCAGUACGAGCAGACCCUCGUGAGCCGCUUCGCAGCCAAGGACAGUGUGCGCAUACCCAUCUUCGACCUGAUCCUCCUGGGAUGCGGUCCCGACGGCCACACCUGCAGUCUGUUUCCGGGCUCUCCUCUUCUGAGGGAGACAGAUGCUUGGAUUCUGCCUAUCUCCGAUUCGCCAAAGCCUCCUCCAAAGCGCAUCACACUUUCACUCCCUGUGGCAUCGCAUGGACUGAAGAUUGGCUUCGUCGCCACCGGUGGGGGAAAGAAGGACGUCCUGAAGCAGAUAUUCGAUACCGAGGAGGGACGGCAGCUGCCCUGUGGCUUGAUCAACGAGGCCGCGCAAGAGCGCGUAAGCUGGUUCGUCGAUUACCCCGCGGUUGAGGGUGUCUCAUUCCCAGCCCGUCGUGGUAGCCUUUAAGCUUUGGACAUCUUGCAGCGAUACCUUGGUUUUUGUUCAUCGAGAUCUGCCUUUUUCUGCGGGUCCAAUUUGCGGAUGCCACUCUGUGAAGAGCACAUGCGGCACAGGAGUUCUAUGAGCAUAUGGCCACUCCCUCACAUGCCAGUUACGAUUAGAUUACGAUUUGCCAAUGAAAGUAUGCACAUGAGUAUCAA